AUGGAAUCAAUUUUAUCUUACCAGUUGGGCCGGGGAAAGAUCCACCCCUUUAUGACCAACUACUUCUUCGUCUGCAAGUACUGCUCGUCGAACGGCCUGGAGCGCUACGACCGGGAUCAGGCCACAGUGACCCAGAUGUGCCACUGCGCUAUAGCCAACCUGCAGCACACGGCUGCCAAGAUGGGGCUGCCGCAGCUGAUGUUCAACAAGGACACGGAUAUUAUUCCAUACAUCGAGCAGAACUGGGAGGCCAUGACCACUUUGCCACGUCUACAGACCCAGUCGUGGCAUGCCAGCGUUUUGGACAGUCUGACCAGGAACCUGACGAAGCUCUUCAUAUUCGAAGAAAACUCUGUGCUAGGACCUUGCUACGGAUUGGUGGACCAGGAUCUGAGCGUUAUUCAGCCCAAAGACGAGCACAUUAGCCGAAGAUUCACCACGGGUCGCGCCAAGCUAUCCAACAAUCGCAAUCGCAAGCUACCGCACACGGAUCAGCCCACUUUCGGGGGCAAGAAGGGUCGUCCCACUGUCAACAGUUUGCGUCUGAUGCCGCUCGGCUUUCCUCGCGAGUUUCCCUAUAACAAGGACGGCUUCAAGUAUAUCUUGGCGGAGCCCGAUCCCCAUGCUACCGUUCCGGAGGAGUCGGACGACGAGAGCAGCACCACAUUGAAACGCAAACCCAUUCCGGGUUGGAUGUAUCGGGUCAAGUUGUCGCCGACCUUGCUCCUGUCGCUGCACGAUCGUGCCGCACGCUUGAAGGUAACCGAAGACCGGCUAGCCGUCACCGGGGAGCGUGGCUACGGAAUGGUCCGGGCGACGCACUCCGUCAAUUCCGGUUGCUGGUAUUUCGAAAUCAGCAUUGUCGAGAUGCCGGAGGGCUCUGCCACUCGUCUGGGAUGGGGCCGUCGUCACAGCAAUCUGCAGACUCCUCUGGGAUACGACAAGUUCGGGUACUCGUGGCGAUCCCGCAAAGGAACCAAGUUCACCGAGAGCCGCGGCCAGCACUACAGCGAUGCCUACGGCGAGGGCGACACCUUGGGCUUUCUCAUCAAUCUGCCGAAGGAAGAUCAACUGGAUUAUAGGCCGAAAACGUACAAGAACUGUCCGCUGAUCAAGUACAAGUCGCAUCUGUACUACGAGGACAAGGAGAAUAUCGAGGAGAAGCUGCAGAAGCUGUACGUGCUGCAGGGCAGCCGCAUCGAGUUCUUCAAGAAUGGUCAGUCGCAGGGCGUGGCUUUCGAGAAUAUUUUCGCUGGCAGCUACUUCCCAGCCAUCUCCAUUCACAAGCACGCCACGGCCAGCAUCAACUUUGGGCCAGCUUUCAAGUAUCCGGAAGUUCUCAACAAGCACAAUGCCCGGGGAAUGAACGAGCGGGUCGCGGAGCUGGACUCUGAGCAGUUCCUGGCCGAUACUCUCUACCUAGCUGAGCUCAACCAGGGCCGUGAUAAGGAUCGGGAGGUCCAGGUGGAUCAGGAUCAGUUACUAAAGAUGCAAUUUAACUGAAUUUUUAAAAGAAAACACUUGGAACUUAGGGACUCUACUUAAACUUGACACACUACUGUUUUAAAUUUAAAUUCAAAUCUUUAACCUUUCAUUAAUCUUGGCAGAAUAUUCAGAAAUGUUUAAUUAACACCAUUAACACUUCAAUUUCUCCACAAAUUGUUAU